GGUGCCGCGGCGGUUCCCGGGCUCCGGCGCGUCGCCGAGGCAGCCCAGGGACGCUGGGCUCCGGCCUCUCCACUCGCCUCAGCUGGGGAGCUUUCUCCCUCGACCCCAGAGUUUCUGGGUUCGUUGGAAUUUUUGAAUUCAGAAUUUUUUCUUUUCACCUAGGAAUUUUUUGAAUACUUUUGACAAAUCGAUCGCAUUUCCGCUAGCUCUCUGUUCCCCUUCUUCUUUUUUUUUUUUCCCGAGCAGGGGAAGGGGCUUAAGAGAGGCUCCCGCUGGAUAAAGUUUUCCAAAGUUUUCCGAGUGUGAUGGUUGCGGAGAGAUCAAAUCCACCAGCUUGACUCACGGCUUCAUCUCACCACCCCUUGAGCAGCCCCUAAGCCCGCUGUAAAGGAACAAACAAACAAACAAACAAACAAAGUUACACCCCGAGUCGCCUCGUGUCUCCUCUCUUCUUUUAGGCAAUCUUCCCCCCCACCCCACCUCUCUCCGCUCCCCUUGCAGCCUCCACUCCCCUUCCCUCUGUCUCUGUUUCGGCUGGAGGUGCCAGGACCCCCGGCCGCAGCCUCCCCUCCCCCGCCGCUCCGGUCAGGCCCUCCCCUCCCCCGUCGCGGCCGGCACAGCCAAUCCCCCGAGCGGCCGCCAACAUGCUCUUUGAGGGCUUGGAGCUGGUGUCGGCGCUGGCCACCCUCGCCGCGUGCCUGGUGUCCGUGACGCUGCUGCUGGCCGUGUCGCAGCAGCUGUGGCAGCUGCGCUGGGCUGCUACCCGCGACAAGAGCUGCAAGCUGCCCAUCCCCAAGGGCUCCAUGGGCUUCCCGCUCAUCGGAGAGACCGGCCACUGGCUGUUACAGGGUUCGGGCUUCCAGUCAUCCCGAAGGGAGAAGUAUGGAAACGUGUUCAAGACACACUUGCUGGGGCGCCCGCUGAUCCGGGUGACCGGUGCAGAGAACGUACGCAAGAUCCUCAUGGGAGAGCACCACCUCGUGAGCACCGAGUGGCCGCGCAGCACGCGUAUGCUGCUGGGCCCUAACACGGUGGCCAACUCCAUUGGCGACAUUCACCGCAACAAGCGCAAGAUCUUCUCCAAGAUCUUCAGCCAUGAGGCCCUGGAGAGCUACCUGCCCAAGAUCCAGCUGGUGAUUCAGGACACGCUGCGUGCCUGGAGCAGCCAGCCCGAGGCCAUCAAUGUGUACCAGGAGGCGCAGAAGCUCACCUUCCGCAUGGCCAUCCGGGUGCUGCUGGGCUUCAGCAUCCCUGAGGAGGACCUCGGGCACCUCUUUGAGGUCUACCAGCAAUUUGUAGAGAAUGUCUUCUCCCUGCCUGUUGACUUGCCCUUCAGUGGCUACCGGCGGGGCAUUCAGGCUCGGCAGAUCCUACAGAAGGGGCUGGAAAAGGCCAUCAGGGAGAAGCUUCAGUGCACCCAGGGCAAGGACUACUCGGAUGCCCUGGACAUCCUCAUCGAGAGCAGCAAGGAGCACGGGAAGGAGAUGACCAUGCAGGAGCUGAAGGAUGGGACCCUGGAGCUGAUCUUCGCGGCCUAUGCCACCACGGCCAGUGCCAGUACCUCACUUAUCAUGCAGCUGCUGAAGCACCCUGCCGUCCUGGAGAAGCUGCGGGAGGAGCUGCGGGCCCAGGGCAUCCUGCACAGUGGCGGCUGCCUCUGUGAGGGCACCCUGCGCCUGGACACGCUCAGCGGGCUGCGCUACCUGGACUGUGUCAUCAAGGAGGUCAUGCGUCUGUUCACGCCCAUUUCUGGCGGCUACCGCACCGUGCUCCAGACCUUCGAGCUAGAUGGCUUCCAGAUUCCCAAAGGCUGGAGUGUUAUGUACAGCAUCCGGGAUACCCAUGACACGGCACCUGUGUUCAAAGAUGUGAACGUGUUUGACCCCGACCGCUUCAGUCAGGCGCGAAGUGAGGACAAGGAUGGCCGCUUCCAUUACCUCCCAUUUGGUGGCGGGGUCCGGACCUGCCUGGGCAAGCACCUGGCCAAGCUGUUUCUGAAGGUGCUGGCGGUGGAGCUGGCCAGCACCAGCCGCUUUGAGCUGGCCACCCGGACCUUCCCCCGCAUCACCUUAGUCCCUGUCCUGCACCCCGUGGAUGGCCUCAGUGUCAAGUUCUUUGGCCUGGACUCCAACCAGAACAAGAUUCUGCCCGAGACGGAGGCUAUGCUGAGUGCCACCGUCUAGCAGAGCUCAGGCCCAUGCGCACCUCCACCCAACCCAGCAGAGGGGGUGGGGUGACAGAAGUAGAAACCUGUGUGUAGGAGGGGGCUGGAACCUGGGAGGGCCAGUGGCCCCCAUACUUUCCUCCCCCAGGCACCUCUCCUUGGAAAACCCUACCGAAAGCCAAAAGGGUCCCGUUCUUUCAGAGGACCCGGCUCCCCUCCUGGCUCCUGCUCUCUCCAGAGUCCCCCCACUUCCCACCAGCUUAGCUCUUGGGAAAGGGCCUGGCUGGGCUCUGCAUGCCCGUUACAGUGUUAAGUGUCAGUUGGCUGUGCUGCAGUGUACCUGUGACCUGAACUGGUUCCCUCCUUUGUCUUUUAGUUGGCGGCCAGGUGGUUGUGCUGGGGGAGGGAGGAAAAAAGGCCCCCGCCCUGUGCUCUCUUCAGCACCCCACUCCACUGCUCAGACAGUGCUCCUCCUGCUGUGGCUGGCGAAGAACAGCAUCCUGGGUAAUCCAACACAAGUGCACCUGAGCUGGGAGGGGUUGCCACCAGCCUAGAGGGCACCUCCUACCCAGCCCUGCCAGUUUGGACAUUUGAAAUUACCUAUUGCUGCUACUAGUUCUCUUCUCGCCUUGGGGCACAGGAGCCCCAGGCCUGAUCCCCAGCAUUCUCCCUGGUGCCCCUGGGCAGGUGCACUGACAUCCCUACCCUUCUCCCAGGCGGGACCCCACUGAGCCAGGCACUCCCUGCUCUACAUACCAAACGGAGGCCCUGGGCUUAUCCCUUGCUCAUACCUGCCCUCCUCCAUAGUCUGUAUUUAUUCACUGAUCUUGGCCAUACUGAUAUCUGGAGCAAAUGUCUUCUCCACCUAGCCUCCAUGCCAUCUGUCCUCCUCAGGACUUCUGUGAAUGAAGAGGAAGGGGUCUUUAGUCAAACCCAGCUCCUCUACCCUUUCCCCCAGCCAAGAGCUGAACAGCCUUCUGUGCUCCAAAUUAACUUCAGAGCCUCACUCUCGGCUAAAAUCCAGUGUCUGCCUGUUGUCACCUGGUAGAGAUGGGGAACUAGCCCAUUGCCGCCUCCUGUCCUGUCAAAAGUUCUGAUCGUGUAGAUUUGGAGGCUACCACAAUCUCUUACUUGGCCACUGUUCACCCCAGUGCCCCCCAACUCCACUAAUGAGUAUGGGGCAGGAUACGGGUUCUUCUGACGGAGCUUGAGGCCUCCGUCUUCCUUUCCUUAACCCUUACCCUUUGACCUUAGCCCUUGGGAAGGUGACCUUGAAGUCCCUUCCACCUCUAUGCCAAGCCACUGUCUGCUUAAGCCCAGCUCAGGGGUGUGGGGAGGAGGAGGAGGCAAAAGCAAGAGGGGAGGAGGAGAAACUUCCCCAGAGCUGAUUCAGGCUCUUGAGGGGCCUGGAGGCCCAGGGGGGAGGCUGAGCAGAGCUGAGGAGGAGGGUAAGUGCCAUUUGUCAGAAGGGAUUUGGUUGUGGAUGGGCCAGUUGGGAUGACCGGAUAGAGGAGGAGUCGCUCCCGCCACUGGUGUUUUGAGCAUUGGCAAUUGGGAUGCCUCCUGGGAGUGGUUUUGAGGGCCUUUGGUGAGUCUCUAAGCAAAUUUGUCUGUUUUCAGAAUUUUCAUUGCUUUUUGUGUUUUCCUUUUGCUUUUUGAUGUUAUAAAAGCAAUGAAUCCUCUUUAGUGCAAAAAACAAAACAAAAACAAAACAACCCAAAAGAAAGUAGCACAUGAGGAUCCCCCAACUGCCAGGCUGAGCAGCUCAGUGACAGUGGCUCUUGGUGACUAGUGGGCAGACCCACGAAAGACCCCACUCACAUCUCCCCAAAGGGAUCCUGAUCAGGGUUGGGGGUCACACCACACAGAAUGUCCUAUAAUUGCCGAUUCCCAAAUGUUUCAUGUUUUUUUUUUUUUUUCACUACUAAAAAAUCAGUGUGGGACAGACAUAGUGGCAGAGAUGGUGAGAUUUUUUUUUUAGCAAAAUCCCUCAGUCCCCUCUUCCAAUUCUAAAAAAAAAAAAAAACAGGCCAAAAUGUGUAAAGACUCACCAGAGCUUGCAGAAGAGCUCUCUGAUGGUGCAUCAGAAUCUGUUAUCCACAAAAGAGACCACUGUCUGGAAGGUUCAGUUUCCUUCCAGUUGAUCCCACUUGCCCUGAACCGAUGGUUUCAGACUGAAUGUCUGGGAGUGUGCAAGUCUGGCCCUGGCGAGGGGCAGGGGGCUGCAGGGUUCUGGAAGGCCUCAGUGGCCUUCCCUUGGGGGGCCAGCCUGGGAGGAGGUGGAGAAGGAAAUGCUGAGGGGGAUCCCUGGGAGGAAGCAAGCAAGGAAGGAUCAUUUGCCCCACUGGGUCUCAAAGGAACAGGCAGAGGAGGGAGGAAAGCUCUUGACUGGCCCACAGGACAGGUUGCCCCCUGUCACCACGUCUCCGUCUCUCCUCUGUAGCUCUGUGUCCGGGUGUCCGUGCCCCUGUGUAUGUAUGUGUGUUUUAUUGAGGUAGCAUUAGAUGGGUGAUGUUUUCUCACUUACCAUUCCUAACUAUUGUAACUUGACAUUAAAAAGACAAAACCCCACAAAACUCUCCUUGCCACAGGCUUGCAGAUUGAAGCACUUUCGAUGUUGGGCGCUGGCGUUUGUGUUCUGGGCACCAUCCUGACCCUGCCCAGAUCGCUAUAAUAUUAUUUUAUACACAAAACUUUUUUUUUUCGUAAAUGUUAUAAUUUUGUGUCUGUCUUUAUAAACUAUUAUAAGUACUAUUUUUGUUAUAAUUCAAAAUAGAUAUUUAGUAUAAAGUUUUUGCUGUUAAAUAUUUGUUAUUUAGUAAAAUAUGAAUUUUUCUCUAUUGUAAACAUGGUUCAAAAUAUUAAUAUGUUUUUAUCACAAUUGUUUUAAUAUUGAGAAAGCACUUGUGUGUGUUGUUUGGAUAUGGAACUGGUGCCGUGUGCGUGUUUUGCCGUCAUGUGGUUUUAAUCUGUAUAUAAUAUUCCAUGUAGCAUAUUAAAAAAAUGAAUGUUGUGCAUUUUGUGAUUUUGGAAAUACUCAAUGUGGCUCUUUUAUAGGCUUCCAUAAUAAACCGUGGGGACUCA